AUGAUCGGGUGCGAGCAGACCCCCACCGGCCGCGGAAGGGUUAACGCGGCGAAGAGCCCAAUGCUGAGAGGCAGGAACCUUCGAGAGAGCGGGAGAAGGAAUGCCCAACUACCGUACGACGGAACGACGGGAAAAACAGCAAGGGCUCGACGGCGGCAGAGGCUGGAGCUGUCGAUCAGUCACGAGCCAGAGGUAGACACAAACGCAAGAGCGGACUUUAAAAGAGAGGAGAAAAAAAAAAAAAGGAAGAAAAUCGCCAUGUUGGAAUUUUACUUGGAGGAACAAGCCCGAAGUGUGGGGAGCCGCAAUCCCGAGAUCCAGCGCCAGCGACGGGCGGAGCCCUCGCGAGGUGAGCGAUGCGAUCGGCGGAGCGAGACUCCAGAGUUGGAGCUCAUGGCGUCCCCAUUCACAAGCCCCAUGGCAUCCCCAAGGAGCGAGUGGUCCUCGUGGGCGUCUCCUCGAAGCAGACGGGAGCCGGAAGUGUCGCCAGGAGCAACGGAGGAGGAGGACAGCGACGACAGCGACGUGGUGGUGGUCUCCGUCGAGCCGGCUCCGAGGAGAGCCGAGCUCCGGAGAUGGCAGCUCAACGACGAGGAGAAGCGGGCACGGGAGCAGGAGCUGCGACGCGACGCAGCGUUCCUCGGCAUCGCCAUCCGAUCGGCGGAGCGCUAUUUGCGUGAGCGGAAGCGCGAAACUGCAGGGCAACGGGAGCCGAAGCAGCCGUUGAAAACCAGGCCGCCAGCGACGCCAUCGCAGCCGACGUCAAGGCCAGCAGCAGCGCAGCAGGGACGGACGGCAGAGCCGCCAGCGACGUCAGCAGCGCAGCCGCCAGCGACGCCAGCGGCGCAGCCACCAGCGACGCCAGCAGCGCAGCCGCCAGCGACACCAGCAGCACAGCCGGCAGCGACCCCAGCAGCGCGACCAACAGCCGAGACCGUGCGGAGGAGCCAGAUGGAGCAGCAGCGCAAUCGGCGAGCAGCAGCAGAGGCGCGACGCGAGGAGGAGCGGCGACGCGAGGAGGGACGGCGACGCGAGGAGGAGCGGCGACGCGAAGAGGGGCGACGACGCGAGGACGAGCGGCGACGCGAGGAGGAGCGACGACGCGAAGAGGAGCGGCGACAUGAGGAGGAGGCCCGAAGCAAGGCAGCGGAGAAGGCGCAAAGGGAGGCGGCGCUGAACAAGGCCAUGAUGCGGGAAGCAUAUGCCGCCCUGCAACGGCAGAUGGAGGCCGCGCGGCGGGAAGCCGAAGCUCACGAGAGGAUCGAGGAGGAGGCUCCGCCUCCUCCGAGGUUCCUCAAGGUGAGGACAGGUCUGUUUAGCGGACCGACGGGGCAGCAGCAACCCAAACAGGGUGAGGAGGCACCCUUAUGGGAACGCCGGCACCCCGAGCCACCGCCGCAGCCACAGAGCACACAACAACCAACGCCCCCGCAGUCACCGCCACCAAAAUCGCCACCGCCGAACGCACCGACACAACAGUCGUCGAAUGGCAUGAUAUGGCACCACCAAGUUAUCCACAUAACGUGGGCGUCGGGACCCGCACCAUCGGAAGCGCAGGAAGAACGGAAAGUAUGGGAGGAGGAACCGGCCCCGCGAAGCAACGCGCGUGAUCCACGACAGCACCGGAGGCAGGCAGAGGCCAUGAUGGCAGAGGAGACGGCGUCGGAGGAGCGGGAGCCAGCGGCAGCGAAGGCACCGGCUGCGACGGCGACAGAGGCACCGACAGCGGCAGCAACGGAGGGGGCGGCAGCGACGGAAGAGGCGGCAGCGCCAGCGACGGCGACGGCAACGGAAAUACCGACAGCGGCGACGGAGGUACCGGCAGCGACGGUGACGGAGGAACCGGCAGUGCCAGCAACGACGACGGCGACGGAGGUACCGGCAGCGAACACGGAAGGCGAGAGGUGGGAGCGCGGUCCGUGGGUGUGGCCCUCACCUGCGAAAGACAAGCCUAGGCCUGUCCUAGUGCGGCAAUCGUCGUGCCCGGAUCCCAGGGCUGAGGUCGCCCGGCCGCAGCUGCAGAGACAGCAGUCGGUGGAGGAGCCGACGGGGAAGAACGUCCGCUGGCGACAUGUGGAUGUUGAAGAAUGGCCGGAGGCAGUGGCUCGGGCGGUGGAAGGCACACGCCGGAUCGGUCGACGCGUAAAGCGUCUCGUGAGGGUGCGCGGGGUGCGGUACCGGGUAUCAGCAUCGGCAAACCAGGUCGAGGUGUCCGUCGAGGCAUGA